AUUUACAUUGCCUUCGGUUUCCUAGGCUACUUGGCUUUUGGUGAGGACACCAUGGACAUUAUCACGUCAAACUUGGGUGCAGGACUUAUUAGCACUGUUGUUCAGCUUGGAUUGUGCGUCAACCUCUUCUUCACCUUCCCCUUGAUGAUGAAUCCAGUCUUUGAGAUAGUGGAGAGGCGUUUCUCUCGUGGGAUGUACUCUGCCUGGCUGAGAUGGCUACUCGUCUUGGUAGUGACUCUUGUGGCUCUCUUUGUGCCAAACUUUACUGAUUUUUUGUCCUUGGUCGGCAGCAGCACUUGCUGUGUGUUAGGGUUUGUGUUGCCUGCCUUGUUCCAUUUAUUGGUCUUCAAGGAAGAGAUGGGGUGGAUGCAAUGGAGUUCCGACACAGCGAUUGUGGGACUCGGUGUGGCUCUUGCUGUGUCUGGAACUUGGAGUUCCCUCAAUGAGAUCUUCUCAGUCAAAGUGUAAGCGUGAGAGGAUUGGAGAGAGUUUUCUACAUACUUGUGUCCAAUAAAUGUGUAAGUGUGCCAUUAUGUACUGUAUAUGGGAUUUGUGGUUUUAAAAAGUAUUGUGAUUGUAUUUGUAUUCUGUCUGAUGCUUGGAAUAAUAGAGAUGAGCUCUUCUGUUUUGUGUUUA